AUGGUCUUCUUUGGGGUGAUUAAGGACCAUAUAUUUUUUAAUGGCAUAGAUGUUAGCUAUAGGCAUUGGAAGUGGCAUGAAGAACCAUCAACUUCUGCCUUGAAUGUUGCUAGAGGGGAUUCUGAAACAGUUGAGAUGAAUCCUGAUUUUGGGAUAGAAGAGGAUGAAGAAGGUAUGAAGGGUAGUGAGGAUGAGGGGAUUUCAGAAGACUCGAAUGAGUUUAUGAAGUUUGUAGAGGAUGGAGAUAAGCCCCUAUAUCCUGGUUGUACCGAGACGACCAAGUUGAAUGGGUUGAUACAAACAUUCAAUUUGAAAGCUAAACAUGGCAUGACUGAUGCUUGCUAUUCAGACAUGUUAAUUAUGAUUGGCCUCUUGCUUCCUGAAGGGAAUGAGUUACCAGGGUCAGUUUAUGAGGCCAAAAGAACACUUUGCACAUUGGGGAUGGAGUAUCAAAAGAUUCAUGCUUGUCCAAAUGACUGCAUCUUAUAUAGGUUGCAGCAUGCCGAUGCGACAAGCUGCCCCACUUGUGGUGAAUCAAGGUGGAAACUAGGCAGGGACAAAUCUGAGAAAGAAGGGGUGCCGGGGAAGGUAUUGUGGUACUUUCCACCGAUCCCAAGGUUCAAAAGGAUGUUCCAAUCAACUGUUUCAGCAAAGGAACUUACUUGGCAUGUCAAGGAUAGAAAGAAGGAUGGAAUGAUGAGGCAUCCAGCGGAUUCCCCGACUUGGAAAAUGAUUGACACAAAAUGGCCAGAUUUUGGUGUAGAGCCUAGGAACCUUAGACUAGCUCUUUCAUCAGACGGGUUUAACCCACAUAGUUCUCUAAGUAGCAAAUACUCAUGCUGGCCUGUUAUACUUAUCACGUAUAACCUUCCUCCGUGGUUGUGCAUGAAGAGGAAGUACAUGAUGUUGACAUUGUUAAUUUCUGGACCUAAACAGCCCGGAAAUGAUAUCGAUGUCUAUUUGCAGCCGUUGAUUGAUGAUCUGAAAGUGUUGUGGGAUGGGGUUGAGAGAGUAUAUGAUGCUGUAAGAGGAGAGUAUUUUACAUUGAGGGCAGCACUGUUUUGGACAAUUAACGAUUUUCCCGCAUAUGGGAACUUAUCGGGAAGCAUUGUCAAAGGAUGCAAUGCUUGUCCAGUAUGUGUUGAAGAGACCAAACCCUAUAGGUUGAAAAAGUCUAAAAAAAUGGCAUUCAUGAGGCACCGAAGAUUCCUACCACGAUAUCAUCCAUAUCGAAAGCAAGCUGCUGCUUUCGACAACACUGUAGAGGAGGGUGAAGCUCCUAAACCGUUAAGUGGAGAAGAGGUUUUGUCAAGAGGUCAAGGUCUUGAUCGACCAUUUGGCAAAAAAAACCCUCCUCCCCCUUAUAAGGGUCUUCAAGAUCAAAACAGACCUUGUUGGAAGAAAAAGUCUGUUUUCUUUGAACUUGCAUACUGGAAACAUCUUCCGGUAAGACAUAAUCUUGAUGUGAUGCAUAUUGAGAAGAAUUGUUGCGAUGCUAUCCUCGGUACGUUGUUGAAUAUUCCGGGGAAGACUAAGGAUGGGGCUGCUGCUCAUUUAGACAUGGUUGAUAUGGGUAUACGCACUGAUUUGAAGGCUACAAGCACUGGAAAAAGGGAGAGGUUGCCUUUGGCUAGUUGGAAUUUGUUCCUUAAUGAGAGAAAGAUCGUUUGUAGUUCAUUUUUCAAUAUGACUGUUCCGGUUAGGUUUUCAUCCAAUGUACGAAAUCUGGUGUCAAUGGAGGAAUUAAUACUCGCCGGUCUUAAAUCACAUGAUUGA